AUGAGUGUUCCAACUGAUUACCAGGAGCUAAGAGUGUCUUUAGAAAGAGGGGAGAAGGUUUCUAUCAAAAGUAACAUGCCAUAUCCUCAGUGCGGAGACAAUAAUGCAAAUGAAAUUGGAGAGCUGGAGUACACCACAAACUCAAUCCCUCCACUUGUAUCUCAGAGAGAAACCCACGAGAAAAUUGUCUUCUGGAGCUCAGAGCAGCCAUUCGACGCCUGUCAGGAAAUACACACAUUCUUAGGCAAAGGCGAUGACAUUUAUGACGACGAAGAUGAGGGGGCCAGUCUGAGAGAUGGGAAAGACGAAGGCCUUAUGUCCAUCUCAUCGAGUUCGACUGCCAGCUCUGCCUCGACCGGAGUGAGAAGAAAUGACAACGACAGCAACAAGGUGGCGGGUCGGAGGAGCAGCAGACAUGAGCACAAAAGGUCUGCCAGUCACAGCACUGAAGAGCUGGACGCCUGCGUGACAGUGGAGAGAGGAGACGGACUCCGAACGGGCAGAGCAGCAGAGAGGGACAGGCAAAAGUCCAAAUCCGAAACCAACGUCUUCGUCCCCAGCAUGUCCGCCAUCUCCCUUAGCGGAAGUAUGUCGAGCGCUUUGGAUACAGGGGGAGAACCGACUCGUAUAACCUUGCCAGUUUACAAGACGCACUUCUAUUCCUCUGGUACAAGCAACACUACCUCAAUCCAGACCAGAAGAGGGUCCGCGCCAUUGGACAACAAGACCUCGCCUCCUUUUCACUCUCAGGAGAAACUUCACCAGUACAGCAGCAGUCAAGAUGGCGGGUUCGGACAGAGGAGGAAAGCAGGAUUUGAAGAAAGAGUUUUACCCCCUAGACGACAGCAGCUCGUGAGACCAAUGUGUCAAACAGAGAUGGGGCGAGCGAGGAGUUUUCCUGAAUCUAGUAGCCAUCAAAUUGACCCAGGACAACCAAACCAGGAAUAUGCUGAUAAUAGAAAGUCUGCAAGAUCAUCCCUGCGCGAGCCGUCUGAUUUCUCGCAUUUGUAUAACUCAUCGGGGGUCUUGAGACAGCCUAGUCAAUCAGCCCAAAAAGACAUGCAACCUGCCGAAAAACAGCUCACCAGUGCCUCAAGGCCAAGUCCAAAACCUCAGACGCAGCUUACAUACAGGAGAAACUGCUCCAGUCCAAACAGGGUGAAUACACCGCCUCACUCCCCGCUCAGGACUCCCCAAGGAUCACCCAGAAGACAAACCUCGAUGUUCAUCAUUCCUCGAAACGUCCCUGGGGUGGUUCGGCACGCCAUUCCAGCGGGGACAAACACUGCUGUAACCACUCAGGGCUAUGGUAACAGUAGUCUAAGAGCACCAGUCAAGACAGGCAUAAGCACAACUGGGACAGCCAAACCCGCUCCCAGCAGCAGGGAGAGUCCACCAAAAGACAGCUCACCUUCGCCGAAACACGCCCCAAAACCAAAAGGGGUUCGUCCUAAGAUCAUAACCUACGUCAGGAAGAAUCCACAAUUUAAGCCGCAAGUUGCCGACGGGCCUUAUCAAGUGUCCUCUUUGCCCUCCAGACUAUCGACAUAUGCAAAUAACCAGACUUUGGGACGACCAGGCGGUUUCAAAGGCACCUCACACGAUGACCCGCUGCAGUCCCGGACAAUGCCUCAGGGUGGGGGGGGCAGUGGUAGCUUGCUUCGCUCUGGCAGAGGUCUGCGUCUGGGUCUGGGCGCCAUGACCAGGACCAACCCGGGAUCAGCCAGAACCCGAAGUCCUGCUCAGAGACCUGCUCCUGUCAUGAGCCAACCUGUGCAACCCAUCAGCCCCACAGAGAAAACUCACGACGCAGAUGAUCAAGUUUUUACCCAGAAUGCCCCUGUGCCAUCUUUCGCUGAGGCUAACACUGGCUCCAGGUCUCUGCUUCCCAAAGCGUCUGCGUCUGGUCUGCGUCCUCCAGGGUUCAGCUCCUCUCGGCUCCCCGCUGGACGACUCGCUGCCUUUGGCUUUGUGCGCAGCUCCAGUGUCUCGUCUGCCUCCUCUGGUCAGUCUGUGGACAGUGGAACCAGCGACCCCAGGACUACGCACCGUUCAAGUGUGAGUGAAGAGCCCGUCCUCCACAGAGCGCCCCUUGGCCCUCCGGCAGAGAGAGCAGCGCCCUGUCGCAGCCUGCAGCCGCCCUCCACCCCGGCCCUGCCCCGCCGCUACCUGCCCGCGCAGCCUCGCAGCUCUCCUGGAGUUGGUCGAAAAGAGUUUCAGAGAAGUUCAGAGAUCACUCGCUCGCUGCCGUCUUCUCCAAAGAGGCUCGCCGUGGUUCCUCCUAAGCCACAGUCGCCAGUCCCGACAGAUCAGCGUCCGGCUGCGGUGGUGCGGGGGUCUGGGUCUCCUCGCCGCGUGGCCUCCCUCAAACCUCAGCCUCAGCAGCAGGAUGAGACCCUGCAGCGGGAGAAGGAGGAGGCCCAGCAGAAAGAGGAGGAGCGCCACCGGAAUGAACAAAGACAAGAGGUCCAGAGGCUGCAGGGAAGAUGUGAGCAGCAGGAGAGGCAGCUAAGAGUUCUUCGAGACGAGCUGAGGAGGAUGUCCUUGGGUCUGGAGGCUUUUAUCAUCACCACUCAACAGUACUGCCUCAAGAACAAGACAUCUGAAGAAAAUGAGAAGAAAUUGUCUCAGGAAAUCAAAUCCAUCCAUGAGGAAAUUGCGUCGCACUCACAGCGCUGGGAGAGGCUGCAUCGGGAGAAGACCACCCUGGAGGUCGCCUUUGAGCGCGAGCUGCAGGAGCUACAGCAGCAGCAGGAGGCGGAGCUAGCUCAGUUGGAGGCGGGGCUGAGAAGGUGUCACUCAGCCGAGACUGAACACCUGACAUCCGAGCAUCGGUCUGAGAUGGAAGAGCUGCGAACGCAGCAGCAGGAACAGAUAGAAGAGAUGACAGUGGGACAUCAGGCUGCAAUUCAAGAGCUUCGAGACAUGCACAAUAUCACCAUGGCAACACUGCACGAGGAACAUGCCCGAACAAUGAGAGACCUUCGGAAAGCUCAUGAGCAGCAAAAAAUCCUGCUUGAGGAAGACUUUGAAAAACUCCGGCUUUCCCUUCAAGAUCAAGUUGAUAUACUGACAUUUCAAAACAAGAGUUUGAGGGACAAAGCAAAGCGCUUUGAGGAGGCUCUGAGGAGAAGCACAGAUGAACAAAUAGUGGAGGCUCUGGCUCCUUACCAACACAUUGAGCAGGACCUGAAGAGUUUAAAAGAAGUCGUGGAAAUGAAGAACCAGCAGAUUCACCAGCAAGAGAAGAUGAUUACAGACUUGGAGAAAGUGGCCCAUAAGAAUGUAUUCCUAGAGGAGAAAAUCCAGGUUCUGCAACAACAGAAUGAAGAUCUCAAAGCAAGAAUUGAUAUGAACUUGGCUCUUUCCAGGCAACUGUCUGAGGAGAACGCUAACCUCCACGAGUCGGUGGAGAAGGAGAGCACAGAGAAGAAGCGCUUGAGCUGCAAUAACGAUGAGCUGCUGUGGCGUCUUCAGACCAGUCCGCUGAUGUCCCCAUCGUCCUCCCCCCUGCACCGCUCCUUCUCCACCUCCCCCGCUCCAUCCUCACCCUUCCUCUGCUGCGAGUCCCCCACCCACUGCCACGGCUGUCCUCAGCAGCCUCCUCACUUCUUCUCCCCCUCUCACAGAGCAACCACCCAUCAGAAUUACUCACCUGGCCCCUCCACGCCCGCUAGAGCAGCAGUGACCAAUCAGAAUUACUCACCCGGCCCCUCCACGCCCACUCACAGAGCAAUGACCAAUCAGAAUCUGUCUCCUGGUCCGGCCACACCCAGUCACAGAGCCGCAGUGACCCGCUGUAGUCCUGCUCCAUGUCUGAGCUCGGCCCCGUGA